GUCUUCUUGCCUUUUCCUUCGUCCCAGAUGCGAAAGCAAACACGGGCAAAUGCACCAGCAACAAUUGGCUGAACUGGGCGGCUGCGUCAGCAAAUACCUUUGCCAUGACCUUCUCCGACACCCCAUUCAUUGACUGACUCAGAAACCCUGCAAAAGCCCCGCUUGAAGCCUAGACGUCCCCUUGGGUCGGCUGAAACCGCUGCCAAGGUUCAUGACUUGCGCUCACUCAACGCCCGCAAUUAAAGGCGAAUUUCCCCCCGAGCGAAAGCCAAGCCGCCUGCAGAGCAAAGGUAUUCGGAAGGCCCGCCAUUGGCUACCAGACUUGCAAGCUGCUGGGCUUUGAUUGGCUGCGGGGCUUCCUUUGUUCCUUUCCCCGCUGCCGCAGAAGACGGAAGUUUGACUCUGCUCCGCAGCAGCUGGAGAUGCAAAAAAGAGCCCAGGAGCGAGCGGUGUGGAGCAAUCUCGCGAAGCCCAUUUCCUUUCUAACCACAUCCUUCUGUCAGUAAGGGUGGAGGAGGAAGAAGGGAAGAGGCGUCUCUGUUGCCGUUGGUCCCGGAAUCUCGUGUUGUCUGUGCUGAGGAUCCCGACAUGGAUUUGGAGAGCAAAAUCAAGAAGAUGGGCUUAGGACAUGAAGAAGGAUUUGGAGCCCAAUGUUUAAAAUGUAAAGAUAAAUGUGAAGGAUUUGAACUACACUUCUGGAGAAAAAUAUGUCGAAAUUGCAAGUGUGGCCAAGAAGAACAUGAUAUUCCCACCAGUAAUGAAGAUGACCGCAAAGUGGGAAAGCUCUUUGAGGAUACAAAGUAUACUACUCUAAUUGCAAAGCUGAAAUCAGAUGGUAUUCCCAUGUAUAAGCGUAAUGUAAUGAUACUGACUAAUCCUGUGACAGCCAAGAAGAAUGUGUCCAUCAAUACAGUAACUUACGAAUGGGCACCUCCUGUUCAGAAUCAAACCUUGGCAAGGCACUACAUGCAGAUGCUUCCAAAGGAGAAACAGCCCGUGGCUGGCUCGGAAGGGGCUCAGUACCGCAAGAAACAGUUGGCCAAGCAGCUGCCUGCUCACGAUCAGGACCCUUCCAAAUGCCACGAGCUGACACCUAAUGAGGUGAAGCAGAUGGAGCAGUUUGUGAAGAAAUACAAGACCGAAGCGCUGGGCGUGGGUGAUGUUAAGCUUCCCAGUGAAGUGGAAGGGAAAGCCGGGGAGAAGGAUAUCCUGAGUAAUGGCGAGAAGGGAACCUCCACUACCGUAGGAGCCAUGGAAGGCAAACAGGCCGGUCAGAAGGGAACUCAAUAUUUCUGUUUCAGGUGCAAUCAAAAUAUGAAGGAAGGUGACCCAGCUGUGUAUGCUGAACGGGCUGGAUAUGACAAACUCUGGCAUCCUGCUUGCUUUGUCUGCUGCACCUGCAGUGAACUCCUGGUAGAUAUGAUCUAUUUCUGGAAAAAUGGAAAACUCUAUUGUGGCCGACACUACUGUGACAGUGAAAAACCUCGCUGUGCUGGAUGUGAUGAGCUUAUUUUCAACAAUGAGUAUACACAAGCUGAAGGUCAAAACUGGCAUCUGAAGCAUUUCUGCUGCUUUGAUUGUGACUGUGUCUUGGCUGGAGAAAUCUACGUCAUGGUUAAUGAAAAGCCCACCUGCAAACCCUGUUAUGUGAAGAAUCAUGCUGUGGUUUGCCAAGGCUGCCACAAUGCUAUUGAUCCUGAAGUUCAACGUGUGAGUUACAACAACUUCAACUGGCAUGCUACCACAGAGUGCUUUCUGUGCUCCUGUUGCAGCAAGUGUCUGAUUGGCCAGAAGUUCAUGCCGGUGGAAGGAAUGGUUUUCUGCUCAGUAGAAUGCAAGAAAAAGAUGAUGUCCUAAUGGGAAGGAAACCAAACUGGGAACCAAGUUUUGCCUUAUUUCAAAGUCCUCUUCAUGUCUACUGUAUUGGGGGAUUUUUAAAAAAACAAAAUCAAAAGUAUUAAUGGCAGAAUCCAAAGAUUUUAUAUUACUAACUUGAUUGUUUAUGAUUUAAAUUCUUAGGCACAUAUCAGUGCUCAUGGUUUCUUGUUGCAGAAUGUUUUUCAAGAUAGGGACUUCAAUGUAUUAACACACUUCAAAAAUGUCCUAUAGACGGAUACAGUACCUCAGGCCAUUAAAUUGGACUGCAUUUUCCAUUAUGAAUAGUUGUUGGACUUGAGAAUGAAUCCUGAUGAGAGUUGUGAUGAGAUAUUGUGGAAUCCCACAAUAUCUGGAAGACCAUUGGCUUUGUAUCUUGUCCUAUAGUCCUCAGAUUUUUCUUCUAUAUUAUACAGAUUCUUCAGUAACAAAAUAUUGAUUGGAUAUGUUGUAGACCUUAUGCCUUAUAUUGACAUUUUCCAACUUAAUGCAUUCAAAUGUGAUUUGUUAAAAUUCCCACACUUGCCAGUUAAUAAAAUACACCAGUAGUGUCCCUAUAGUGUGAGUCUCAUACUGAAUUGUACUGUUUUAGACUCCAUGAAUAUAUGCAUUCAUGAGCAGUACUCCAUUUAUUGCAAGUCCCUGCAUGUGCCAUUAUAGCAUAGCAUAGGAAUUAACACUUUUGAUAUUUUUAUAUCAGGGAGUUUUUAAAGGGUGACAUAAUAUUCCAACUGUUGAACACUAAUAUUUAACACCAGCCACUGAGCCCUUUGCCUUUAGAGCAUUAUAGUAGAAUAAGGCAUGAGAUAGUGGCAAAUAUCUAUAGCUCAUGUGUAGGAUGACAGUGGACAUUCGUUCUCCAAGCUUGUGGGUUGUUUUCCAAAUAUUUUGUUACCAGGCUAGGUAACUUCUUUAUGGGAUAGUUUUUGCAUGGUAGUUGACUGUGUGGCGCAUUGUGGUAUGGGAGCUGUGUGUUAGAAUACAAACUUUUUCAGAUAGCCAUUGUGGAGAAAUGAAUGAAGAUGUUACUUCGCCUGGUAACAAAACGUUCGGAAGCCACCCACAAGCUCGGAGAACAAACCUCCAUGCUCGCAGUAAAGUGAUAGAUAGUAGAUACUUGCAUCAGCAGGCGGCAGCCUUCAAGCAUAAUUCCGAUGAUUCUUUUGAAAGUCUUUUAGCUCUCAUUACCACAACAGAUUGUAGCACUUACUAAUUCUGGCUGAUGCUGAAAAAUAUUAAGCAGCACCAAAUAUAUUUAUUUUAGAGACGAUGAUGAAGUUCCAGGACUGUAGGCAGGACAUGGACAUAGAAAAAAAUAUAUUCUGGAAAAAGGAAAAGGAUGGCUGUGGUUUUGCCAAAGUGUCUUAAUUUAGUUUUCAAUAAGCUUUGGGGUCAAAACACUCGACAUUUGUCAUCAUUUUUCAAUAUUUGAUUAAGUACACAUUUUGCUCUUUAAGCUUAGAAUGUGAACCUGUAGGAGCCGGAUAUAAAUAUGCACUCCUCUUUUCAUCCUGUUUUUUCAGGAGGUUGGAUUUAUUGUUGAAUGUGGCCAGUUUGCCUUGGGCAAUGUAAAAUCUUUGAUAUUAGGGACCCAGUUGCCUUUUGUUCCCCAGAUUAAUGAUUUAAUUUUUUGUAAUCAGCAUAUCAGCAAAUCCAGGAUUUUGACAUCUUCAUUAGCACCAGCUCUUUUUUUAUUUGUGUGUGUGUGUGUGUGUGCUUUUUACUGCGAUAUUCUUAAAAUAUCAAGAGAUCUAAUUAAUUCCCUGAGCAAUGAGAACAUGGGCUGCGCAAUUCCAAUGGACUUUUGAAAGUACAAAAAAACCAAACUAUUCUGUCAUGCUUUGCAAUAGCUCUGGGUUUGUUACUUCCCCUUAUAUUGUGUUGCUGAAUCAAGUUAGGUCAAAAAAGCCAUUUGAAGGACCUUCAUUCAUGUAGAGUGUAAAUUGCCUCUGAAGCUGACAUAGAGGCUAUGUUUGCUGGACAUCCAGUAAUUCCCAGAUCCUUUCUCUCUUCAUGUAUUGUAAGGGAUAUUUUUUCAAUGUGAUGUUUCUUGUAUGCAAGCUGGUUCUGUUUUAGAAUUCUUAAACAAAUCCACUUGAGUGAAGAAGGUUUCCAAUUGCUAACAUUUGGCCAGUUAAGAAUCCCAGAGAUAAGAUAUAGUAAACAUUAUCCCCUCAUAUAUUCUAGAAUCUAUCGAAUCAAACAUGAAUUAAAAUAAUAAAAUGCGUAAAUGAGAACCUAGUCUUUUGCCAAACGUUCUACAGUACUUUGUUUCUAGAGAUGCCCCUGGACUUGGUCUGCAAAUACAGACUACAGGGGGGUUUUUUUUUUUUUUUUUUUGGGGGGGGGGGGUUGCAUGUGUCUGUCUUCCAAGAAUAAACCUUGGAAACUUUUAAGACAUAUAGCAGCCAUAAAGAUCCAAAGAAAAAGAUGGCCUCCAUGGCAAGGGGUGUUACUUGGAACCCUGACAACAUAGGCAUUUCCAGCCCCAGAAUUCCCAAGCCAGCAUGGGUAAUUCUUGGAAUGGAACUCCACACAAUUUACAUCUUCCAGGGCUGGGAAAACCUAACUUAAAAUAAAGCAAAUGCAUGUGUGUAUAUAGUCACAGAGAAGAAGGUUGCCAGGUUUUUAUUGUGCAUUUAAAGGGGUAGAAGAAAGAGUGAGGAAUAACUUUACCAGUUUGCAUUCUAGUCAAUUAUAAUUUCAUCAUGGCAAUUAUUUUGUAUAUGGACAUGCUUUCUCAAGAAUUUGAAUUGGCAACAGCUGUGAUAUAUUCUAAGAUGUUCAAAUCUGAUACAGAAAAAAUCAAACAAUCCUGAACUUGUUUUUGAUGAAUUCGCCAGAAAUUGAAGUGAGUAAACCAAGAAGUUACCUCACUUCAUAUCUGCUCAACCAGUGUCUCAGUUGACAUUCUUUUGAGCAGUGGAAGCUU